AUGCCAUUGGCGCAGUCACCCUUUACGACCCGGUUCGAUGAAUGUGUUCAAGAGCUGUUGAGUACAUGGCACGUUCCUGGCCUCGCGAUAGCAGUUAUCGAUGGCUCAUCCACAUUUUCCAAAGGAUAUGGAUUUGCGCUUCUUCCUGAUACUCGAGUGACACCUGAAACAGUCUUCUUUAUGGCAAGCACCACAAAGUCAUUCACGGCCGCGAGCACUUCGACUCUUUCAUCAGUGAUCGAAGAUGAUUUUGUUCUCUCAGACAGCUCUAUUACAUCCCAAGUUACAUUCGAGGAUGCCCUCAGUAACAGAACGGGCCUUUCAGACAACAAAUUCAGUUUCGGCUCGAGAUCGAACUCUGUCAAGGACGCUGUACGAUCUCUUCGACAUCCUCCUUUAGCGGCUGAUCUCCGUGAAAGGUAUCUGUAUAGCAGUUAUAUGUUCACCGCUGUCUCCUGCGCAGUUGAAACUUUGACCGGCUCUGGCCUCGGGGAUUUCAUGAAGGAGAGACUUUGGCGUCCCUUGGGCAUGAGGCAUACCUACUGGACACCACAACAAGUAGUUGCAGACCCAGAGACAAUGCUAGCACACAGCUACGCCUGGGACGCAACCACCGAAUCUUUCAUCGAACAUCCAGUUCCCAACUUCCGAGCCGUGUCCGUGUCAGGAGUUGGUGUAAUGAUCAGUAACGUUAGUGACUACACAAAGUGGCUCCGCUGCAUGAAGAACAAGUCAUCUCCGUUGAGCCAAGCCGCACAUGAGACACUGAUCGAACCUCGCAUUCAUAUUACUGAAGCAGGCAACAAUCCAUUCCCGCCGCGUCAUGCAUACGCUCUUGGCUGGACAAUUGACACCUAUCGCGGCCACCGUGUGAUCUGGCACGGUGGUAGCUGGACUGGGUUUGGAUCAGUCAUGAUGUACGUGCCGAUAUGGUUUGAUAAGAUGGUACUGUAA